GUGGCCCUCUCAAACCUGCUUUGCCUGGGAACUGAGUGGGCACCUGUGCACUGAUCCAAUUGGCUAUCCCUUUUGCCCUGACAUUCUAUGAAGAAAGAAAUACUGAAUCAGAAAGAAUGAAAUCAAGGGCCAUAACUGAUGAGGCUAGAAAUCUAGUUAGGUUUGGGGUCAUUCCUACUUUGGUGAGUAAAUAAUACUGGAGAAGUUCCAUCUACCUGGAGGACUGACCUGGGGGACCUACAUUUGCUCUGCUCUUUCCUUUUCUCCUGGCAGCUACAAAGCUGGAAAGCCCUUUUAUCCGGGAAAUACUUGGGCAUUUAACUCAUUUCUUAAACCCCACACCCAUAGAUCUGCUUUAGUCUUCCAUUUUAGGCUGAGGAAGUUAGAAAGAGCAAGAUUUGCUUUUGGUUUCAUUUUCUCUUGUCCCUCCCACCCUUUCUUUCCUUACUCAAAAUCAGAGAAGCUUUUUGAAAAGCAACAGAAAGAAGAGAGGAGAGAAGAAGAGAAAAGGAGAGAGGAGCUGGGAGAAAGAAAAAGAGGAAACUUUGGGAGAGUUUGGCUUGGAGCCUCGUGACAUAGGUGACUAUGUCAUUAGCAGUUUUCAUGGAAACCCCCAUAUGUCUGGUAGAAAACAUUGAUGGAGAGCUGAAGUUAAACCCACAUGCUCUACAAAUUCUAACUUCAAUCACCAAGCCAGUGAUAGUGGUAGCUAUUGCUGGACUGCGCCGUACUGGGAAAUCCUACUUGAUGAAACGGCUGGCAGGAUUGAACCCAUUCUUCUCCCUGGGAUCCACCGUGCAGUCUGAGACAAAGGGCAUCUGGAUGUGGUGCGUCCCUCACCCCAGCAAACAGGACCAUGUCUUAGUUCUGCUUGACACGGAGGGCCUUGGGGAUGUAGAAAAGGGUGACCCCAAGAAUGACUCGUGGAUUGUUGUCCUGGCCAUCCUGCUCAGCAGUACUUUUGUGUACAACAGCAUGAACGCCAUCGACCACCAGGCCUUGGCACAGAUGCAAUACUUAAGAGAACUGACCAAGCAAAUCAAGGUCAAAAUCUCACCUAAUGCUGCUGGAGAAGAGGAGUCUGAAGUGUUUGUGGGCUUCUUCCCAGACUUUGUGUGGACAGUGCGGGACUUCACCCAGGAACUGAAGGCAGAUGGACGCCCCAUUACCUCAGAUCAGUACCUGGAAAAUGCCUUGAAGCUUAGUAUCAAUAAGUACCACAGAUUUGAAAUGGCCGACCUUUCACGACAGUGUAUCAGAAAAUUCUUUCCAAAACGGAAUUGUUUUGUUUUUGACCGCCCAACAAAAGAUAAGUCACUCUUGGCCUGUCUUCAAGAUGUCCCAGAUAGACAACUGGAGCCUUUGUUCAGGAAUCAGAUAGACUGCUUUUGUUACUACAUCUUAUCCAGUGCAAAACCCAAGACCCUUAGUGGGGGUAUCAAGAUCAAUGGAAGACGGUUGGGAAAGCUGCUGGAGACCUAUGUGAGGGCAAUCUCCAGUGGUGACGUUCCCUGCCUGGAGAAUGCAGUGAUGUCUUUGGCUCAGACUGAGGGCCCAGAUGCUGUGCAAAAAGCUGUAAAGUAUUAUAUGGAGCAGAUGGCCCUGAAGGUGGACUUCCCCACCGAAACUCUCCAGGACCUGCUAAGAGUGCAUACAGAGUGUGAGAAGGAAGCUCUCUUAAUUUUCACAAGGGAUUCUGUCAAAGGUUACCUGAAAGUUCAAAAGAAACUGAUGCAAAUCUUAGAAACCAAGAAGGAUGGUUUCAUAUGUCAAAAUGAAGAACUAUCGACCGAAUACUGUCAAACUCAGCUUGAGCACCUCUCACAGUCCCUGAGAGAAGCCAUUUCUAAAGGCACCUUCUCUGUGCCAGGGGGUUACAAUCGUUUCAAGAAAAAAAGAGAAGAAAUAAUAAACAAUUAUUAUCAAAUGCCCAGGAAAGGACUAAAGGCAGAUGAGGUCCUCCAAAAAUUUCUACAGUUAUUGUCAGUGAUGGAAGAUUACAUCCUGCAGACAGAUCAAGCUCUCAGUGCACAAGAGAAGGUCUUGGAAGUUGAACAGAUCAAAAGAGAAGCAGCUGAGAAAGAAAAGAAGUUGCUGAAACAGCAACAAGUUGAAAUGCAGCAAAAGAUGGAAGCUCAGCAGAGAAGUUAUGAAGAAAUCGGGAACCAAUUGACAAGGAAGAUGGUGGAAUAUAGAUACAAGAUCCUGGAAGAACAGAAAAUGAUUCUGAACUCUAAACUGAAGGAACAAAAGAAGGUGAUGGAGGAAGGCUGUCAAAUGAAAGCUGCAGAGAUGAACCAAACAAUUGAAGGCCUACAAGCACAGAUUAAGUAUAUUGAGAAUGUGUUCCAGGAAAACCAGCUGGCAAGUAAUUAAAGUCAAUACUCAAGCCUUUAUUCAAAUAGGUUUCAAUUUCCCAAAAGAAAAUUAUCGAAUAAUGCUGUUUCACCUAAAAAAAUAUGGAGUUAAGAUCUCCUUGUGUAUGAAUUUGAGGUUUUUGGAGAAUCUUCCUGCUCCUUCAUACUUGUGCGUGGUCCUUAACAUACAGGCUAUGUGGCAUAUUUUGGAGAGAACAAUGCCUCAUUAUCCCUAACAAGGCCAUACUUAAAGUCAGGAGGACCUGAAUUCAAAUCUGGAAUUAGCCAAGUAUAGGCCUACUUCUAGGACCCAAAGAAAGUCACUGAAACGGUGUUUUUGAUUUCUCAUCAUAAAAUGGGGGUAAUGAUAUAUUCACACAUUUUUGUGAGGAUAAAGAGAAAAGUUAUUUUGAAACCUUAAUAUACUAUAAAAAUGCUAAUAUUAUGAAAUGCUUUACUUUAGAGAUCUGUCCAAACUGACACUGAAGAAGUGACUUAUACCAAGAACUUUUGAUUGCAAAUAUGUUCUGACCACUACAGAGGUCAACUCUCAACUCUCUUGACUCCUCUUUAGAGAAAACACAUAGAUUUGUUCCUGUGAUACUUAAAAUUGUUAAAAGUCCAAGUGGAGUACUUCCUGAUUUCAAAACCGACAUUUAUACUUUGAAGUUAUCAAUAGAAAGUGUUUGGGGUUAUAAAAUGGGGUAGAUUGAUAAUUAAUACCUUGCAUGUUUAGCUUUAUAUUCACUUAUCGGCUGUCAGUUAUCUUAAUAGAAUAAAAAGUAACUCUGUGUCUUAUUGGAAGAAUAUAGACCCAGUGAAAAUCUGUGUGUAACCAAAGUAUGGGGUAGUCCCAGGGAUAUUCCUGUGUUAGUGAACCUAAGAAGUAUAACUCUAAUCAUUAUAAAGUAUAUAACCUUAUCAAUCAUCUUUAUAAUAAAAUGUAGUGAGCUCCUGAGCUUAUGAUGGAAAAGGGUCCCGUAUGAGCCAAAAUCCUGCUUCAUUAAUCUGCACACUAAGUAUACUAUAACUAAUAAGAUUGCAAUUUAUAUAAAUCAAGAGAACUAUAAAUAAUUGUGAAUCUUGUAUAUCUGGGUCUCAGACCAUUCUGGGCAGACUCUAGACUCUACCUUUGGUGCUCUUAAAGGCUGGUUUCUUUGCCCAGAAAGAUUUCUCAGUUUUUUUCUUACAAUUUGUAUUCACAAAGUCAGAGCUCAAAUGACAACCCUGAUAUUUCCUUCCUAUGUGACUGAUCUUGGAUAAAUCCCUUACUUUCCCCAGGCUAAGUUUCUCCUCUAUAAAAUAAGCAGGCUGAGCUAGAUGGGCUCUUUGACCCUUCCAGCUCAAAAACUUAUCUCUUUUUGGUUGAUAUUAGAUCCCAGGAAUCCUCUCUCUACUGUGAUCCAGAAGAUGUUCAAUAUAUUGAGUUUCCUAGUCCAAUAAACUGACUUUGCAAGUUGUGUCCUUAGAAUCUCCACUCAAAGGGAGCUUUCUUGACUAAUAAGUGAAGUUUAUAUGGCUAAAUGGCCUGGUAAAAAGACUGAAUGUUUGCAACUUCUAACUAAGUAACUUCUACUCAGAGGUUUCCAAACUUUCUGGGGCAGCAGGAUUACAAAAGUAAACUAGCAGAAAGGUGCAACUCUGUCAAUAUUAAAUUCCAUAGGCUUCAUUUCCCCUGGGUGUUUAUCUCUAUGGAUUUACAGAUUUAUUUUCUAUGUAUAGAUAUAGAUGUAGAGAUUUAUUAGCCCCAAGUGAUAAAGAUUAUCCUCAGACUUUUUCUCUGGUCAAAAUGGAUUCAGGGCCCUCUCCUACCAGGAAAAACCUCUUGGUUUUCUCACUAUCAAUUUGAGCAAGAAAAUAAAAUACUUUAACCAAGUUGAAUUUCAAGGGGCAUUUUUAUUUCAGAAGAAUGAAGAGACAAAAUUAUUCAAAGGAGAAAUAAUAAGAUAACCUAGUGCAGGUCCCGGCUAGUCUUGCAGCUCAUGAGAAACAAAAGUUUGUCUUUCUAUCUUUCCUUUCUCCUUCUGUCCCUUGGACAAAAGGAAAUGGUAAGUAAUUGUCCCAUCUUGCACCUGGGCUUUGAGUAAUUCCCUGAGAAGCAGAGGGAAGAAGCACUGACUCCAGCAGUGAAGCCUUAUUUUGACAGACCAAUCAGAUUCCAAUAACCUCUAGCCCAUUUCCAGUAUUCUUGUUUUUCAACAUCCCUAAUAUCAGUCUGUCUAUUGGUCUUUGUAGGAAAGGGCCAGAUCACAGGGGACUUAAGAGAGGAAGUCAGUAUGUACAUCACUCUCAUCCUGGUCCCUCUCCUCUAUACUUGUAGAUUACCAUCUACUCAUUUCUUCCCAGAAGAAGCUUCUGACAUCCUUCUUCUCACCAGAGUUCUCCUUAAUGCUCAGGUCAAUAUCCUAAGUUCUGUGAAAUCCAGGUCAAAGUCAGUUUUUCUAAAUGCUUCUCAGAUACUGAGUUUUCCCUGGACUAGAAAGGCAAACUAUAGAUUAUACACAACUCGGAUGUUGGUCUUAAAUUCUAGAUUCAUUUGUGGGAGGAAACAUCCCAAAACAAAACUAGAAGAAACCUCAUAUAAGAAGAAUCUCUGACACAAAGAGGACAUUUUGGGGGAUUGGUUAAUGAGUGAUAAUAACACUGUAAGAGAUUACUUUGUCUUUGUGAUCACUGCUCACAAGCUCUAAGGGAAGUUAAAGGUGCCAGGGCUAUUGGGCUAUGGUGCAUUCAGGGUUACACGUGGGACACAAGUAAGGAAUUUUCAAGGACUGAAACAAUGAGAUGAAUGAAAACCUCCCAAAAGCACUGAGAAUUUGAUGAAAACGACUGAAAAUACAAUAAAUACUCUCAAUCCUUGCCUUGUUGGGGUGAAGGUGUAAUUUCUGGGAUAGCUCUUUAGAGGACCUUAGGACCAAGCAAAGUCCUUGGUCUUGGGAGAGGGGGGAAAGAGAAGUGAAGGAGACAGGAGAGCAGCCACUCGGCUGGUCAAAGAUGGAGUUUGGAGUCUCGAGUCUGGAGCCUGAAGUCUUCUGUGGCUGAGAGCUGCUGCUAAGAGCUGAGGCUGAGAGUGCCCUCUGUUUCUGGGACGCCUUUAAAUACCCCAGCAUGACUACAUCACCACACCACAUUGAGCAUGCACAGCCGUAGAAUAUCAAAUCACCACAUUACCCUAAGUGUAUCCCAACUAGAUUGACCACAUCAUUACAUUACAUCAAGUGUGUGCUUGGAGAACCGCCUUCUCCCACCCCCAAGUAGGUACUAUACUACAAGCACCCUGCUGUCUUACAUUCAAGUAUAUCCUUUCAGAUUUCAGACCAGCUACAUGGAGGGACUUGUGUAGUAAUUAUGAACUAUAGCAUAUAAGUUACCGUAUAAGAUUUCAUAAGAUACCAUAUAAGAUUUCAGGAAGCACUUGCUAUUCCUGCCUUUCUGCAUUUGAUUGUGAGGUUUUUAUGCCCUAAUAAAUGGUCAAUUUUUGUGUAGGUGCCGUGUACU